GCAGCCUCUGCAUUUUUGUCUGUCUGAAUGCUAGGAAGGCGAAAAAACAUUGAGGAGAAGAAGAAACUGAAGAAAUGUGAAAAUCCAACGAACAUUUUCAUGGCCAACGGAAGUCGAUGCAUAAGGAGUUAUAUUGGGACUCCUUUUUGCCUCGAAACCUCGGAUCAAAAUGCUCAUAGUAGAGAAGACAUCAGACUUCCCGUCAGCUGAGUUCUCUGUGGUGGAGGAUGUGACUCUUCAUUUCACCUGUUUGAUGGACAGGUUGAACGAGCAGCGUCUCUUCCAGCCUGACCUCUGUGAUGUGGACAUAGUGUUGGUGCGCCAGCGCAGUACCUUCCCUGCCCACAAGGGGGUGCUUGCGGCCUACAGCCCCUUCUUUCACUCCCUGUUCUCCCAGAGCAAGCAGCUGCGCCGUGUUGACCUGUCUCUGGAUGCCCUCAGCUCCCAGGGCCUACAGCAGAUAACUCCUAUCUGUCUCUCCUCCCAGGGCCUACAGCAGAUCCUUAACUUCAUCUACACCUCCCGUCUGUUGGUCAGUAGCCGUAGCGUCAGAGACGUGCUCAACGCCGCCACCCUGCUGCAGAUGACGGACAUUGCAGCUUCUUGCCGUGACCUCAUCAGCAGCCAAUCGCUAAGGGCCGCGGUAGACAACCUGGCCAAUCAGGAUGGCCUGGGAGAUCCUGAUUCCAUGACAACGACCCCCGGCAGUCAGCUGUACCGGGAGAUCAAGCAGGAGGCAGAGUUAGGGAGGGCAGAGUUAGAGAGGGUGUACACUCGGGAGGGGAACAGCCCUUUCUCUGUGAGGGUGGAGGACGGACAUGGAAAGAGCCAGCAGCAUCACCCUCCCUCCUCCCAGACCUCCUCCCAGUCCCAGGCCAAGCAGUACUACUACCAACAAGAGGACAGGGAGAGUGGGGGAGGAGGAGGGAGGGGUCUGUUUAAGCUGGAGGGGGGCGGGGAGCAGAUCAUCGUAGAGGUCAACUUGAACAACCAGACACUCAACGUCUCCAAGGGGUCAGAGAGCAAGGCUGUCGCCACAUAUACCACCGCCACCGCCAUGUUCACCCGCUCCCAUGGUGACCAGAGGAACGAGGAGGAAGAGGAGAACAAGGAAGAGGAUGAUGAUGAUGAUGGGCAGGUCGGGGAGGAUGAAGAGGAGGAGGAUGAAGAGCAGAGAGAGAGAGGGGAGGAGAUGGAGAACAGCAGUGAAGAGGAUGAAGAGGAGGAAGAGGAAGAGGAGAACAAUGAUAUGAACAUACCAGCAGAGGAGUCUAUUAUGAUGAACAGGCCUUGUCCGGGGACUAGAACCCUGGAGGUCGCCACGACAACCAUGCGGCAGACCCUUGGUGACGCCACCCUUGCCAACCGUCACCAGGGCAGGAAGAGGAAGCAGAACCCUGAGAGUGUAGGUCAGAUGGUCAGACUGGAGGAGAAGCAACACUUCCCCUGUAAGAAAUGUCCCAGAGUCUUCAACAACCGCUGGUAUCUGGAGAAACACAUGAACGUCACUCACAACCGCAUGCAAAUCUGCAACAAAUGUGGAAAACGCUUCCUUCUGGAGAGUGAACUACUACUGCACCAUCAGACCAACUGUGAGAAGAGUAUACAGUGUGUAACGUGUGGCAAGGCCUUUAAGAAGCUCUGGUCUCUCCAUGAGCACAACAAGAUUGUUCACGGUUACGCUGAGAAGAAGUUCUGCUGUGAGAUCUGUGAGAAGAAGUUCUACACCAUGGCCCACGUCAGAAAGCACAUGGUUGCCCACACCAAGGACAUGCCGUUCACCUGUGAGACGUGUGGGAAGUCAUUCAAGCGCGGCAUGUCGCUAAAGGUUCACUCUCUACAACACUCUGGAGAGAAGCCCUUCAAGUGUGAGAACUGUAACGAGAGGUUCCAGUAUAAGUAUCAGCUUCGCUCCCACAUGUCCAUCCACAUCGGACACAAGCAGUUCAUGUGCCAGUGGUGUGGCAAGGACUUCAACAUGAAGCAGUACUUUGAUGAACACAUGAAGACACACACUGGAGAGAAGCCGUAUAUCUGUGAGAUCUGUGGGAAGAGUUUCACCAGUCGUCCCAACAUGAAGCGUCACCGCCGGACCCAUACGGGGGAGAAGCCGUACCCUUGCGAGGUGUGUGGUCAGAGGUUCCGUUUCUCCAACAUGCUCAAAGCGCACAAGGAGAAGUGCAUCCGGGUCAGCAACCCCAUGGUAACUGACAACAACGACUCGCUGGGUGUCGACCCCCCCUCCCCAACUGUUUCUGCGGACCCUGCUGCGAUUGGUCAGGUGGUUUUAGGGGCGGUGCUCCCGGGGGCAAUGCACCACCAUGCCACGCCCCUCUCCCUCCCCCUGAUCCACUCCCUGGGGGGGCUGCCCCACACCCCCGCCCCCCACCUUCCCCUUUUCCACCCUUCUUCUCUGUCAGGAUGGGCUCCAACAUCUAGCUAACGCACUCCGCUCUGCUAACAGACCAGACCGCUAGCAUCCAUCUACUCUACAACACUCUGCUAACAGACUGCUAGCAUCCAUCUACUCCACAAUGCUCUGCUAACAGACUGCUAGCAUCCAUCUACUCUACAACGCUCUGCUAACAGACUGCUAGCAUCCAUCUACUCCACAACACUCUGCUAACAGACUGCUGGCAUCCAUCUACUCUACAACACUCUGCUAACAGACCGCUAGCAUCCAUCUACUCUACAACACUCUGCUAACAGACCGCUAGCAUCCAUCUACUCUACAACACUCUGCUAACAGACUGCUAGCAUCCAUCUAUACAACACUCUGCUAACAGACUGCUAGCAUCCAUCUACUCUACAACACUCUGCUUACAGACUGCUAGCAUCCAUCUACUCUACAACACUCUGCUUACAGACUGCUAGCAUCCAGUCAGCCAACCCCCCCGCCCCCCCUCCCUGGACCCCCUGAAGUACUCAGACUAUCUAUGAGAGGAGGGGGAUUUACAGGAGCAGAGCGAGACAUGGAUGGAAGUAGGAUUCCUUCAUAUAACCACAUCUCAGCCUGAAGACCAAGGCAGCUUAACUCGGCUCUGGUCUCUGUGUGGAUUCUGCAGUCUGAAGAACAAGGCAUCUUUACUCGGCUCUGGUCUCUGUGUGGAUUCUGCAGUCUGAAGAACAAGGCAUCUUUACUCGGCCCUGGUCUCUGUGUGGAUUCUGUGGUCUGAAGAACAAGGCAUCUUUACUCGGCCCUGGUCUCUGUGUGGAUUCUGCAGUCUGAAGAACAAGGCAUCUUUACUCGGCCCUGGUCUCUGUGUGGAUUCUGCAGUCUGAAGAGGUGAAGGAUCAUACAGAAGCUUCUUGUAACAUAAACAGUAUAAAUGCAUACACCUACCAUGUGGAAAUGUUUUUACCGUGUGGAAUAGUUCACCUCUGCCCUAGCCGUUGAGAGUUCAGAGGGACAUGUAAAAUGACAACAUACAUUACAUCUGUCGUUUCAUUGUUUUCAUUCUGCUUACCACAAAGCCACACCCUUUAAUAAGACCAUGCUUGUAGCACAAUGUAACAUUGGUCAGAUUAACACCUCCUCAGACAAACUAGUUACUGGUGAGAUUAAUGACCCCUUCUCAUAUUAACUAGCUAUUUACUGGGUUGAUUCUGGGGCCUAAACUCCUCCCCUAGUUGGUCUGUGUGGAAGGAGUUCUCUACAUAAGGUUAUAUGUGGAAUGAUUUCUGUCUGACAGAAGGUUCUAGGUGUUCUGUGUGGAAUUAGUUCUCUACAAAAGGUUCUAGGUGUUCUGUGUACAGUGAGUUCUCUCUGAAAGUUUACCUCUCUGUCCUAACAGAGGUAUAUGGUGCCAGACGUCUCAUGCAGAGCCCUGUCUCUCUCUUCUCCUGAUCCUCAUCCUCCUCUCCCCUACCCUUCUCUCUCCUCCCCUCCUCUAUCGUCAUCCUCCUCUCUCCCCCCAUCUUCA